AUGUCCAGCGGGAAUUCCUCAGAACCCCUCGAAGUUCCUCCUGCUGCGACAGAUGGAAUCGCGCUCAGCUACAAGCUCCUGGUAGCCUCGUCGUCAGGCGGGUAUGCCGGACACCUUCCCCAUGCCCCAUCAACGUCCCACGGGACGUACCUAGAAGGCAUCAAUGAGGGCCUCGAACCUUUGGAAGAGUAUCAAAAGGGUGGCUACCACCCUGUUCAUCUCGGAGACAUCCUUGGUUCCUCAAAACGGUAUCGUGUCAUACACAAACUUGGCCAUGGCGGGUUUGGUACUGUAUGGCUCUGCCGGGAUCUCGAGAAGCUCAGUUAUGUUGCCGUCAAAGUUAUGGCGGGAGACGUAGGCGCAGAGGAACUCCCGGACUUGGGUUUAGCCCGGCUUGACCGCUCUCGACCAGGGGCUGAGUACGUCGCUCUACCCUUGGACUCCUUUGCAGUUACCGGGCCGAAUGGAGUUCACCAAUGUCUCGUCCUUCCGGUUCUUGGGCCCUGCGUCUCACCGCGGUUAUGGUUGAAUUUGAAAGGCGAUGUGUCUAUCACUCUUCAAAGGAUGGCCAGACAGUCCGCUUUGGCUUUGCACUUUCUGCAUCAGCAAGGCUAUUGUCAUGGAGACUUUCGACCUUCAAAUAUCCUUGUGAAGUUACGGGAUCUCAACCAGUUAAGCGAAGAUGAGCUGAUCUCUCUGCUGGGCCAACCUAAGAAGGCGUAUGUGCGGACCGAGUCUGGCGAAGACCCUCCGGAUUUCUCGCCCCGGUAUCUUACCCUCCCUGCGGAUACUUGGCGUCUAAGCGAUAAGUACCUCACAGAUCAAAUCUGUGUGAUUGAUUUUGGCGAGUGCUAUCCGAUGUCGUCUCCACCGGCGGACCUGGGGAUCCCUGAGAACUACCUACCGCCAGAGGUUUUGCUUGGCCACGACAAAGCUAUCGGUCCGGCAUGCGACUUGUGGGCUCUGGCCUGCACACUCUUCGAGAUCCGACAGCAGAUACCCCUGUUCUAUAUGAUCCCCGACACGGAUGAGUUGCUAGCUGAGAUGGUUCGCUUCUUUGGAAAACUGCCCCAGUCUUGGUGGGAUUCCUGGGAGGCGCGCAAGGAUUACUUUGACGAUAAGGGAGCCUGGCUUCGGGAUGAUGAGGACUGGUCCCUAGAGGUGCUUUUGAGCAAACCUUCAGAGGUUAUUGAGCAAAGUGGGGAAAACCGCGGGGCAGUGGAGAAUAGGCUGGAGACACCACCCCUUGAGCAGCGGCUGAUGGCAGAUCUGUUGCGCAAGAUGUGCUGCUAUGAGGCUGGCAAGCGUUUGAGCACCGAAGAGGUGUUGAAUCAUCCCUGGUUUAAGUUCGAUAGCUAA